AUAUACAUCGUUAGGUAUGUAUGUAUAUUGUAUAUUUGGCUUUUUAUUGACAUCGCUUCAAGACGACAAUACUGGGGGUUCUCAAGCUGAUUUGGAGACGUAAACAUUGGGCAUUGAGUGUUAGGAGUAAUAAAGUAAUGUUGUUUUGUGCACUACUGUAGUUAACGUAGCUAGAUGGACACAGCAAGGAAUCCAAAGAUCAAGCCACAGCUUUUGACACACACACACGGUAAUGUUCUCAUGAGUACGAGUACUACUGGACGUUCCGUUUUUCCAGUUCUUUCAGGAAGUGAACCGGUGUCAUUUUUGCUCUGUGGCUACAUAUCUUACCGUCAACAAAAACCCCAGCAGACCGUAUGAUUAAUAUCUAGGCCUAACAUCUGAAGUGUCCACUCACCGAUAGGCUACUUCAGUUCAAACCGAAAAUGCAGACCAUGUCAUGUGAGAGUAACACAUCCCUGGAGGCACGAUGCUAGCCACACAGACCCCAGAUACGGGGCCAGAGGCGGAAGACGUCAAGCAGUGGAUCAAAGAGAAGUUGGCGUGGUCACUCAAGGCUCUGCAGAAGCGCUACGUGAUGACCGAUGCCGUGGUAACCAGCGAGGAUGGCGACGCCAACCUGCUGUGCGCUUCUCUGGAGGCCGUCUUUAUCCACGGCAUCAAGAGCAAAUAUGUCCGCUCCAAGGCCGGAGGACAUGGCAGGAAAGGGGCGUCCCGGGGACCCCUCCCCCAGCCUGUGUUCUGGAGCCUUCUCAAGACGGUCACUCACGGUGACGUGAUCACGGAGCUGGAGAAGCUGAGCUUUGUGGGUACGGACGUGGGUCGCUGCCGGGCCUGGCUGCGACUGGCCCUCAACCACGGCCUGAUGGAGUGCUACUUGGCCUCCCUAUUCCGUGAGGACUCCAACCUGCAGGCCCACUACCAGCCCUCCGCCCUGCUCCUGGACCCUGAGGAGCGUGAGGUGCUGCUCAGUUAUCUCCAGGGCCUGGCCUCCCUGGUCUUCAACCUUUCGUACAAGUCAGCCGUGCUCAACGAGUGGACCACCACCCCACUGGCUCUGGCCGGCCUCUGCCUCACCACCCAGGCCGACGCUGUCGACCUUCCCAGUCUCACCAAACACAAGGAUUCUUGGGAUACGGUGUCACUGUCGUCCGGCGGGUCGGAUACGGUCGAAGUGCAGCAUGGGGGGACAGGGGUGCAGAGGAGGGUGAUUGGGGGGGUUUCAGGGGGUAGGACCUCUCUAAAUUCUUCUAAUUUGAGCCUGGACACCACAGGGUCAUCUCAGCUCUCCUCCAGCCUAAGCUCAGACAGUCUGCUGCAGGGUCAUGACCCCAAGAGCCCAGACAAGGAGCCCUGGCCAUGUGACCUGGAGAUCUCUGCCAGACUGGAGAACGAUGUCAAUGCCAAGAGGCCUCUUAAAGAUGUUCUGACAGACUUCAGGGAGAGUACCAACUCCAGUCAGGAUUCCAUGCACGAGGAUUCGUACGUUUCCACUCCGGGUGCAAACCACCUCUCAGAGAAUACGGCCUUCAGCGGUUCUGACGGCGAGACCCAGGGGCCAUUCACACCCCUCACUGGCUCCUCUAACCCUGCUUCAGUGGGGUCAGACCAGGAGGAGCCGUCCACUAAGACCCAUGUCCCUUCCGAAGUGCCCUCGCACACUGAAGUGCCCUCCAGUCACAGUGACUGUGUGGAGAGUACAGCGACAACUCCUCACCUACCUGUCACAGAGACGGCACAGGAGAAAAAGACAGAAGAUUCUGCUAAGAGCACCUCUGCGCCUUCAGCCCACACAAACCUAUGCCGUACUACCAGCGUGCAAAGCAGGAGGGUGUCUACAGACUCAAUCACACAUUCCCACUCCUGGAUCUCUGAGGAUGACAUCUAUAAGCCACACCUUGAGGAACUGGUUGACCCCGAUGAGUCUUUACUAGGCUUUGGCCCAGCUCUUGUGAAUGGAUUGACCUCUCCUCCUCCAGAGCCCGAGACGCCCCAGUCUCCCCCCAGCGUGGUUCACCGCAGGCAGAUAGGCCUGUCCAACCCUUUCCGUGGGCUGCUGAAGCUGGGCCAUCUGGAGCGGCGGGGCGCUGUGGGCAUGUGGCGGGACUACUACUGCGAGCUCUCGCCCUUCGAGUUCCGCCUCUACCUGAACGCAGAGGAGCGCACCUGCUGUGACAACUGCUCCCUGCUGCGUUGCGAAGACGCCCGCGUCGUCUCGGCCGAGGGCCGCUUCGACCUGGCCUUCCCAGGGAAGAGGCUCCACCUGCGGGCAGCCAACCAUGACGAGGCAGAGGACUGGGUGGACCGCAUCGCAGAGGCCGUCAGCAAGUUCCGCCCGUUGCACCGCCUUGACGACCAUUCAGAGGUGCUGCAGUCCACUGACAGCUUUGUCAUCCUGGAAGAGCCCCGAAAAUCUUCCCCUUCGUCCCCCUCCGUACCCACCAGUCCCGAGCGAGGGGGUACUGCGGUUGAGCAGGAGCAGCAGAAGCCACUUGAGCUAGACUGGACGCGUCCCACAGUCCCUGAGUCAGACGCCAUUAAGGAGGCGGUGCUGUACCUAUCCCAGGACGCAGAGGCUCGCAACUGGACUCCUCUGGUCUUCUCCCUCUCCUUGGAGACUCUCAACAGUUUCCGGGUACAGGAUGGGCGAAAGGUACUGUGCUGCUCCCACCCCAUCGAGGGGAUACGGGACGUGGUCCCAGACGUUUCUCUGGGGGGACCGGCUUUCUUUAGGGUCGUAACAGCCAGAGAUACGCUCAAGCUGAGGGCCAAGAGCCCUGAGGAGGCGCGUGCCUGGAGGGGCAUCAUCAGGGGAGUCCUGGACUCCUACCUGGAGAAUGGAGAGAUCGGGGAGCCUAAUAGCCCCGGGUUAGCCACUGGGGCAUGGGGCAACGUCCACAGACUGGUGCAGCAUAGACUGAAGGGGGACGGGGUGCUGCUGGCCCAUCUAUAUACAGUGCCCACAGAGAAGGGGCUGGACCUUCAGGGCUUCAAGUGUGCAGGUUGUCCAAAGCCGGUGGGUGUUUCCCGGGGAAAAGCCAGACUGUGCGAGUUCUCAGGGAAGUACUAUUGCGACGCUUGUCACCAGGGUGACACCAUCGCCAUACCCUCCCGCAUGGUGCAUAACUGGGACCUCACGCCUCGCGAGGUCUCCAGACAGGCCCUCGAACUGCUGGCUCAGGUUGAACAUGAGCCCCUGCUCAACCUUCACCUUUUGAACCCUAACCUGUGGGAGCAUGUUGAGGCCAUGGCCCAGGCACACAGUCUCAGACAGAGGCUGCAGCUUGUAGGACACUACCUGCUCACCUGCCGCAGUGGGCCAUGCAAGGAUAUUCAGACCAGACUGGGCCUAAGGACAUACCUGUUAGAAUCAAGCCAUCUCUACAGUGUCAUGGACUUACAACAGAUAGCGGAGGGAACAUAUGUUGCCUACUUGAAUAUUUUGAUCCGGUUUGCCUCCAACCACGUUCAACAAUGUGACCUUUGCACCCAGAGGGGCUACAUCUGCCAGAUCUGUCAUGCCGGUGACAUCAUCUUCCCCUUCCAGUUCGACACCACUGCCAGGUGUAAAGAGUGUAAGGCAAUGUUUCACGCAACUUGCAAGGCCCAGUCGUCCUCGUGUCCACGUUGCAUGCGUCUUCAGAGGUACCUCGAGAGCGAUCUGCAGGACUGCUCUGUUUGACCCAGUGGCCUUCCUGUAGCUGCAGAGACCUAUGAAAUGACAAACGACAAGAGCAGACAUUCACGUCCGGCUUCUAGUUUCUUUUUUUCUACAUGAACUAACCUCAAGUGCAAUUAGGAAGUGUGACUGUAUGUACCGACCACAGACCAAACAUGACCAACCGAACUGGAUAGUGUAAAAAGCCAAGAGCUACACAACUUGCACUAAUAUAGAAAGGUUUCUGCUAUUGAAUUGACGUGAUUGACAAGGUGAAGCCCACUGAUAUGUUCUUACCUCUCUGAACUCUCUCUACGUCUUGAGUGUCCAAGCCAAGGAAUCAAAUAUGAAGGAUGAUGCAAAGAAUCUACUUUAUGCAAAAAAAUUAAAAUAAAAUAAAUGUAUACAUUGAUGUCA